AUGUCCGACGAGCGCCAACCAAAACAAGUCUUCUAUGGAGAUGCCGCCAUUGGUGACCGUCGAAAAGCAGUCCAAACCCGCCGGUACAAGGAUACCCCGAAGAAUUCCUUGAAGCGGCUACAAAUAAAUCCUAAUACUUGGGAAGACCUCACGCGGAACCAGCUGGCCUGGAGGAGAGCAGUAAAGACUGGAUCGGUCAAAUACAAAGCCAACCGGAUCGCUGCUGCCAAUGACAAAAGGGAAUCUCGCAAGUGCCAGACGUCCCUGAUCCGCAACGCCAACACCCAAGCCCUCCUUAUAUGCCCGCGCUGUCUGCGAACAUUCUGGGCGCGGAUUGGCCUCGCUAGACAUAUCCGGCGCUCACCCUCACCACCGAUGCUCAGAAUUAUCGUCGCCGUCGGUCAUCGCUAUGUCCAUCAUCUCUGUCACAAACUCCGCGGCGACGAUGACGACGGCCACCGCAGCUCCCACUCUCGCCGUCGACCAAGACGAUCCCCAAGGCCUGUAGCGGGCAGCCAUAAUGACCGGUCUGGCGUCAUUGUUCAAGACCUCGCUGCCUCAAGGUCAUUCACCCAUUGGCAGUGCGCCGUUCCAGACGCGAUGACCUGA